AUGAAUGAUAUCAGGAUUCUAUUUGAUGGUCCUUGGGUGAUUGGUGGAGAUUUCAAUACUAUUUUGUUUCAAUCUGAAAGGAAUAAGCAUGGUGGAUGUUUGUGUAGCAGAAAUUUCUUCAAAAAAUUUAUGAGACAUCAUUCCCUUAUUGAUUUGCCUCUAAAUGGAGGUAAACCAAGCUUUGUGUUUGCAAAAAAGCUGCAAGCUCUAAAAGUACUGAUAAAGGCUUGGAGAAAAACUCUGGGUGAUUUACAACUUCAGCUAGAUUCACUAGAAGAGGAGAUAGAUGAUAUUGAUUGCAUUGAGGAGUUUUCUAUCCUAAAUUCUGAUGAUAUUGUUCAAAGAGAGAAUGCUAAAAGUAAACAUGCUUUUGUUUCAUUAAAUCUUGCUAGGAAAUGGGGUCAAAGAUCUAAAGACAGAUGGUCUAAAGAUGCUGAGAGGAAUUCAAAAUAUCUUCAUCAGCUGGCUUCUUUCAAAUACAAGUUAAGUAAUAUCAAUUGCUUAAAUAUAGAUGGUGAAUUGACUUAUGACAAGUCAAAGAUUGCUGAGGAGGAUACAAGUUUUUAUUCUAAUCUUUUUUCUGAGCAAUUUCCUUCAAGGCCAAGAUUUGAUGAUCUUCAAAUGCCAUCCAUUUCUCUGGAAGAUAGAAUUCAGUUAGAAAAGCUUUUUUCUGAAGAAUAA